AUGGAAGGCAUUGACGAGGUUGAGAAUGAAGCUAAAAUGUUGAAAGGAGAGCUUUAUUAUGCGUUUGUGCCAAAGCUCGUCGAAAAGCGGAAUAGGUGGGGGACAACCAUCAUCGACGACAAAACUCCGCUUCCUCCAGCUGGGGCAACGGACGAGGAAGACUUCCGUAUCCUAGGAGAUGAACCAUAUAUUGAUGGUCCAAUCAACGUAGACUAUGGAAUAAAUCUCAGGUAUCUCGCAAACAGAGCUCGUACUCUGAUCGGUCCAAGCUGUUCGUUCUACGCUGCCACGCAUCCAUUAGACCCUUUCGUUCGUGAUGGUACCAAUGGCCCAGAGCUUGGGGCGCCCAUAACCGUUGGCGAAGACUGUUGGUUUGGAGGUAGCGUCACAGUGUGCCCAGGAGUAACCAUCGGUCGAGGUUGUACCAUCGGUGCUGGAAGUGUCGUGACAAAAGAUGUUCCGGAUUUCCACGUUGCAGCCGGUAAUCCAGCAAGGAUAAUCAGAAAAAUAGAGCCAAAAGGACUAAAUCCAAAUUAG